UGCUAUAAAACCUUGCUUUUUCAUUAUUCAAUCAUCUUCCAUUGUCAAGCUGACAGAGAAUCCACUAAGCAGCCCAAGGCUGCAUCACACACACGUACGCCAUUAAAUCUCAGAGAGGUUGCAGAAGCAAAGAACAGAAACAAGGAAGAUCAGAGAAACUGGUUCAAUGGAAGGUGAGCUCAAGAACUUAGUCACUGUGUGGCUAUCAAUCAUAGCUUGCCUUUCUUACUGCUAUUUCAUAUCUGCUAAGAUCCCAAAAGGUAAGUGCAGACUUUUCUCUCUCCUCCCUAUCUUCUACCUCUUCACCAUCUUCCCUCUCUACCUCACCUCAGCCUUCAACACAGCCGUCACAGCUUUCUUCAUAACCUGGCUUGCCAACUUCAAGCUCCUCCUGUUUGCCUUUGAUCUUGGCCCACUUUCAUGGGACCCACCAAAGUCCCUCCCCAUCUUCAUCACCAUAGCUGCUCUGCCCAUCAAGAUCAAGCAAAAGAGGAACUACACAUCUUCCCAAACCACCCAAAAAUCACCUCUAAAUUCAGAGAAAUCUGCCGAACCCACAAAAAAACCCACAAAGUUGCCUCUAAAUUUAGCGACAGAGAGUUUGGCUUUUACAAUAUUCAUUGGUGUAUUACACAAUUACAAAGAAAGAAUACACGAAAAACUUAUAUUUGUGGUAUAUUGUUGCUUGGUCUUUCUCUUGGUAGACCUUUUGAUUGCGGUUUCUAGUGCUCUGGUUCGAUCCCUGGUGGGACUAGAGCUAGAGGCACCGUCCGAUGAGCCUUAUCUUUCUACAUCACUCCAAGAUUUCUGGGGUAGGAGGUGGAACCUCAUUGUAACGAAUACACUGAGACACACCGUAUACAAGCCCGUGAGGUCACUCUCGGCGAUUUUCUUUGGCGACAACUGGGCCCCACUGCCGGCGGUUUUGGCAUCUUUUCUCGUAUCUGGCCUCAUGCACGAACUUUUAUUCUACUACGUCACGCGUGCGAGCCCAUCUUGGGAAACGACGUCGUUUUUUGUCCUGCAAGGCAUAUGUGUUAUUGCAGAGUUUGGUUUGAAGAAGGGUUUGAAUGAGAGGUUGAGAUUGCCUUGGUUUGUUUCUGGGCCAUUGACUCUUGGGUUUGUGGUUUCCACCAGUUUUUGGUUAUUUUUUCCUCCUCUGGUGAAGAAUGGUGCAGAUGUGAAAGUCAUUGAGGAGUUCAAAUUUUUUGUGGAGUACAUGAAGAUGAAUUUGGAAUUUCCCAAACUUGUAGGCCAAUGAUUCAUAUGGGGAUACAUGUGUUUCACUUGAGUGAGUUUUAUGAAUUUUGUUUAAUAAGAUUCUUUGGAUCAUUUGCUGGCGUAAUGUUACAAUUCUCC